GUAACGCAGGGGUCAAGGAGGGGAAUUGUUUCUUCAGCCGGCGCAGCUUCUGGCCGGGCGCCACCGCUAACGGCAGCUGUGGCGAACUAGAUUGGCCUUGAUCUUGGCCAGAGGGGGUCGAUUUGACCGGCUUGAUGAGGGCUGGAAGGUGGGGAAGCCGAGUCUGGAUCCGAGAUAAUCAUGAUAGCGAAGGGAGAACUGACCUGCAGAUUGGGGAAAAUGGGUCGGGUUGCAGCGAAAGAACAGGUUGUUGCAGGUAGAGACGAAAAGGGUGUCCCGCGAAGGAUCGAUUGGCAUGAUCCCAAUCAUGUCAACCCCUACUCCUACGCCGACGACAACAAUGUUCCCAGGCUCGAUAACAACGCCUGGUGGAGCAUUCACACCAUACCCGUCAGCUUGGGCUCAGCUGCGAGUGAAAGCACUCCUGCCAUCCCAUUGAUGAUGUCGAGCAUGGGGACGACCUUUGCUCCGAUCACCGCUGUAGGAUCGAUUGGCAUGAUCCCAAUCAUGUCAACCCCUACUCCUACGCCGACGACAACAAUGUUCCCAGGCUCGAUAACAACGCCUGGUGGAGCAUUCACACCAUACCCGUCAGCUUGGGCUCAGUUUGCUGCUGACCCGACAAAUGCUCAGGCUCUACAGGGCUAUCAACAGGUGAUGGCCAUGAUGCAACAGGCAGGUGGCUUCAUGUCAUUUGCUUAUCCCGGCAUGACGCCACCAAUCAUGCCACCUCCGGUGUCGACCCCGUCGACAUUUGUCCCUAGGAUGGUCCCUAUACAUCCGGUGAAUUUGACGGGGACUUUGAAUGAAGCAGCGCCCUCAAAUGUCCAUGAAAUCAAUGAGGCGGAGCAGGAGGCGGCCCGCAGGAGGAAGGGUAAGGCUAUAGCCAAACCCAGCAAGACUCGAGAUUCGGCGUUCAAAUGCCUAGGGGACAAAGAGGAUGGACCCCGCAAGUCUGCCAAGCUACGCCUUGGUCCUGAGAUGGGCCGGACUAGCGCAAUGGAAAGACUUGGCGGGAGUCGUCACGCCCAAUCUCGUCGUUCUAGGGAAUCUGAGACGAUUCACCAAGACGAGGAGGAAGCAGAAAGCCAGCCGAGGGCGUCGGCAUAUACCAGGCUCUCAUACGAUGAGGAUGACCUGGACAAGAUAGGGAGCGUAGCAAGGAAAUUACGUGCCCUGGAGGAAAAAGUGGAAGAGAAGGCGGGAGCGAAAAAACACACCUUGGCUAAAUCUCCCUUUUCGGCCAGGGUACAUGCGCAGAGGUUGAGGCGGAAGAUUAAGCUGGACGUGGAGAAAUUCACAGGAAAGGAGGAUCCAAACGUCCACCUUGACACCUUCCACAAUGCAGCACAGAUGGCCGGGUGCACUGAUGCUGAGGAAUGCCUACUCUUCUUCUCAUCCUUGAGAGGGAGGCCUGUGGAAUGGUUUAACGGCCUUCCCCAUGGCAGGAUUGGGUCCUUUGAGAAACUUGCCGAAGUUUUCCGCAAGAAGUACCAGGACAACUGCAUUAAGAGGAAGAAGUUCACCUACCUUAACACGGUAGGGCAGAGGGAGAAGGAGUCCUUGAAUCAAUUCUUAACCCGCUGGAGGGAUGAGGUUGACAAGGUAGAAGAGAUGGAUGAUAAGACGGCCAUGUCUUUAUUGAUGAAUGCCUUCUGGUCGGGUGACCUCUACACUGAAUUCUGUAGAAGGCCACCCUCCUCUUAUCAGGAAGCCUAUAAUACGGCAUGGGAAUACGCCGAGGCGGAGGUCCUGAACAAGAGCAAGCGGGAAUUAGAGGAAGGAUAUACGAAGGUGAAAUCCGACAAGCCGAAGAAGGAUGACCAGAUGGGAGGGUCCAAACUAAAGGCUACGUAUGACGGGUCUGUCCAUCAAAUAAGGGAUGAUAAGAAGGGAGAACAACCCAAGAGGCCUUGGACGGAGAAGUGGUGUACCUACCACCAAUCUGACUCCCACAAUACGGUGGAUUGCCGAAAUGUCAAGGCUGUGCUCAAGGAGAUGGCCUUGAAAGGAGAGCUUGGGGAAGGUUAUGCGACGGGUAAUAAGAAAGACCCGAAAGCGAACAUCUGGACCCGUCAUCAGGGAAAAGACCAGGGGAGGAAAAAAUCUGGGAGAGAUAACAACAAGCCGGAUAAAGAAUUCAUUGAGAUGAUUGUCGGUGGCCUAGAAGGCGGGGACACAGCCUCCCAGCGGAAGAAUUGGGCCAGGAGCUUGCACGUAGCGGUGGUUUCCCUGGAAUCACAAGGGAAGCAGGCAAGAAGGGAACCUAUCACUUUCACUGAUAGGGAUCUGCCCAGGACGGGGGGAGAUCAUAAUGACCCUUUGGUUAUUACAAUGGAUAUCAAUGGAGCUGAUGUGGCCAGGGUCCUGGUUGACACAGGAAGCAGUGUCAAUGUUCUAUACUUGGAUGCUUUCAAAAAAUUGAAGCUGGACAGGUCCAUGUUGAGACCGUUGCAAACUCCAUUGUCAGGCUUCACUGGAGCUAGCAUAGAAGCGGAAGGUCAGAUCACCUUACCAGUUACCUUGGGGUCGGGUAACAAAAUAGUAACCAAGCAAAUGAAAUUUGUUGUGGUUGAUAUCAAGUGUGUACAUAAUGCCAUUCUUGGAAGACCUGGAAUCAACCAGGUCAGGGCCAUCAUUUCUAUGGCACACUUGUGCAUGAAAUUCUACACUCCCAAUGGGAUCGGGGAAGAAAGGGGUGAUCAAAAGAAUGCCCGGACCUGCUACCUGGAAGCAGUCAAGAAAAUGACCCGCCAAUUCGAACGAAUUGAAUUGGUCUCCCAGCAGGUAGACAAGGGUGAGGAGAAGGCUAGGAUUGAGCCGGAUGCAAACACGGAGGAGAUCCAGAUUGAUGCCUCCAAUCCUGAGAGGAAGGUCAAAAUUGGGGCUGAUCUUCAGGAAGAGCUAAGGACUGAGGUUGUCCAGGUGCUGACCAGGUAUAAAUCUUUGUUUGCCUGGAGUGUUGCUGAUAUUCCCGGAAUUGACCAGUCAGUCAUUUGCCAUCGUCUCUCUGUUCUUGAGGGGUCUAGGCCUGUAAGACAGAAGAAGAGAUUUUUGGCAAGUGAUAGGAGAGAUUUUGUAAAGAAGGAGGUUAAGGACCUACUUGAGAGGCCCAUUUAUUAUGUAAGCAAGGCCUUAAAUGGGGCAGAAAGUAGGUAUACUCCCACGGAGAAGGCAGGGUAUGCACUAUUCAUAACGGCGAAGAAACUCACCUCCUACUUUCAGGCCCAUCCUAUUAUCGUGUUGACUGACCUACCAUUGGGUACGGUCAUGAGGGACUCCACCUCAUCAGGAAGAAUGAUCAAAUGGGCCAUGAUGUUGACUCAAUUCAACAUCGAAUAUCGCCCGAGGACAGCGAUAAAAGGACAGGCCGUGGCUGAUUUUCUUGUGGAGAUGGCGGGUCACCAGGAAGAUGAACCGGCUAGGGCUAUCAGAGAGCCUUGGUGGUCCAUGUCGGUAGAUGGAGCCUCUGGACCGAAAGGUUACGGGGGAGGUGUAGUGUUCACAACUCCGGAAGGGUUUAAAGUAUAUCAUGCCUUGAUUCUUAAUUUCAAGCUCACAAACAAUGAGGCCGAGUAUGAGGCGUUGAUAGGGGGCCUGAGAUUGGCCAAAACGCUACAAAUCACAUGCCUCAGGAUCAAGUCCGAUUCAAGCUUGGUGGUAGGCCACAUCAAUGGCAACAUGGAGGCCAAAGGAGAGAAAAUUCAGAAGUACAGAGACUUGGAAAGGGCACUAUUGAAGGACCUGACUGAGUAUGUGAUGGAGCAAAUCCCUAGGGGGGAGAACACCGAUGCUGAUUUGCUAUCAAAAUUGACGCAAGCAGCCCUGGAGCAUGUGUCCAAGCUGGCCAGGAUUGAGACGCUGGAAAAGGCUAGCAUUGAAAGGCUUUCUGUGAGCCUGAUAGAGGAGGAUGGACAGCCCAAUCUAACCCUGGUGGAACCUGAUGAUAUUUGGAUGGAUGACUUGGUCAAGUAUUACAUGACCGGGCAAUUUCCUGAGGAUGAGGACAGGGUGAGAAAAGUAAAGUUGAGGGCUCCAAGAUUCCAAAUGCUAGAUGGAAGGCUAUACAAAAGGGCAUUUGGCGGUCCGCUGCUGAGAUGCUUGACCAGGGCGAAGGCGGAAAGAGUGAUCGCCAAAGUUCAUGAGGGUGUCUGUGCAGCCCAUCAAAUGUCCAGGACACUCGCACAAAGGAUCAUUUUGCUAGGUUAUUUCUGGCCUACAAUGAACCAAGAUUGUGAGAAGUAUGUGCAAAGUUGCAAGACUUGCCAGGUGUUCUACAAGUUUCCAGGAAGGCCUGCGACAUAUUACCACCCAGUUUCCAAUGUUAUUCCAUUCGCAAGGUUUGGGAUGGACAUCAUUGGGGCCUUCCCUCAAGCUCAAGGGAGGAAGAAGUAUGUCAUGGUCGCUAUCGACUACUUCACAAAAUGGGUGGAGGCCGAGGCAUAUGCAACCAUCACAACCAAGCAGUGCCAGCGCUUUGUCUGGAAGAAUAUAAUCACCCGGUUCGGGUCUCCUCGAAACAUUGUGACGGAUAACGGGCCUCAAUUUCAAAAUCCAGAGUUCACCAAAUACUUGGAGGACUUUGGGAUUACUCACAACAAGGCUUCCGUGGCCUACCCGCAAGGGAAUGGUCAGGUGGAGAAUGCGAACCGCACAAUAGUCGAUGGGAUCAAAAAGCGGUUGGGUGAGGCAAGAACGAAUUGGUUAGAGGAGUUGCCACAUAUCAUCUGGGCUUACCGAGUCACUUCGAGAAGGGCCACCGGGGAGACACCUUUCGUCCUUACUUAUGGAUGUGAGGCCAGACUACCCAUUGAAGCAAAGAUAAUGACCUUCCGGGAAAAGAUCUACGAGGAGAAAGUGAAUGAGGAGGACCAUUUGGCAGAGCUAAACUUGUUGGAAGAAAGGCGGAUGGUCGCUGAGGCUAAAAUGAUGGAAUACCAGCAAGCAGCCAAGGCCUACCAUGAUAACAAGGUAGGGCCUCGUUAUUUCCAAGUGGGUUACGAGGUCUUGAGACGAAGGGAGGCCAGCAAACCCGGAGAAGGGGGAAAACUUGCAAAGAAAUGGGAAGGCCCAUAUAGGGUCACAGCAAUAUUACGCCCUGGGACAUACAAGUUAGAAACAAUGGAAGGUCGAGAGUUGGAAAGGUGCUGGAAUUCCCACCACCUUAGAAAAUUCUACCGAUAGACCAAAUUGGCAGGGCAUGUAUUUGUAAUACCCCUUCUAUGAUAAAUAAGAGAUUUCUUCAAUACUUGUGUUGCUGGUCAGUAAUACUAAACUAAUGUCUUGAUG